AUGCAAAUCAAUAUUCCACUGGUAGACAUCCUGCAAGAAGUGCCCAGAUAUGCAAAAUACAUCAAGGACAUAGUGGCAAAUAAAAGGAGGUUGACUGAAUCUGAGACUGUGGCACUCACUGAGGAAUGUAUCUCUAGAAUCCAAAGCAAGCUACCUCAGAAAUUGAAGGAUCCGAGUAGUUUCACUAUCCAAAUCUCGAUUGGUAAGCAUGCAGUCGGGAGAGCUUUGUGUGAUCUUGGAGCGAGCAUCAAUUUGAUGCCGCUAUCUGUGCUCAGACAGUUGGGGUUGGGUGAGCCACGCCCAACAACGGUAAUCUUACAGUUGGUUGAUCGCUCCCUUGAGCAUCCUGAAGGAGUGAUUGAAGAUGU